GUUUGUCUGAUGCAUCUGUCUGGGACAGAUGGUGGUCGUAUGAAGGCAUUAACGGGCCUUCUUUCUGGGGUCGGGCGAAUCCCGACUGGAAACUGUGUCAGUUCGGUCGCCAGCAAUCGCCAAUUAACAUAGAACCUUCACGACUUUUGUACGAUCCGAAUCUGAAGGCGGUGAGGAUCGAUGAUGCCAUGGUGGCUGGACUGCUCCUCAACACGGGACACGAUAUUACACUGGAGGUCAAGGGCGACGGGCUCACUCUCCUCAACAUCAGUGAAGGCCCUCUGUCAUACACCUACCGGCUGGCAGAGAUCAAAUUUCACCUGUCCACAAACGAUUCUCUGGGGUCGGAGCAUAGGGUCUCUGGAAGGCCAUUUCCCGGGGAAAUGCACAUCAUUGCCUACAACAGCGACCUCUACAAGAACGUGUCAGAGGCUCGACGAUCAGUCAAAGGCCUUGCUAUUAUUGCUGUCUUCGUUGAGAUACGACCUGAAGUUCAUAAAGAGUUCUUCGUUAUAUCAAGACAGCUGAGAUGGCUGCGGUUCAAAGGCAGCAUGAGACAAGUGAGCCAGGUUUCUCUUCCUGAUAUCCUCCCAAAGACAGAAGAGUACAUGACCUACGAGGGGUCACUGACGCAGCCUGGAUGUCAUGAAUCUGUUACCUGGAUUAUUAUGAAUAAACCUUUGAUCGUUGGGAUCGACCAGUUUACAGAUCUGCGAUUGUUUUUCAACGGUAAAAGAAAUCUGCCAGGAGUGUUGCUAGAAAUCAACUCCCGCCCAUUAAUGUCCUUGAACCAACGAGUAAUCAGAACCAACAUUAACUCACACAAAAAGUUGUCAAUUUGCUCCAUGGAAAGGGACACAAAAUACCAAGGUCAGCUUAACAAAGCCUUAUUAAAAAUUGGUACCAUGCCCUAG